AUGGAAAUUCAGAAGUUGCGCGAUCUUUUACCAUUGUCAGAUUCAAUGAAGGAGCGCUUGUUUCAACUACAAGUCAUGUCAUUAGCUUGCAUUUAUAUCAGAAAGCAAAAUUAUUUGCCACAUGUAAUUGGCCUAAAUAUGCAGCCAUCAUUGCGACCUCUUUUGAAACAAUCAGAAGGCUUCCGCGCAUUACGCGGUUUUUUGUUAAUGAUAACCAAAUAUGGUAAAAUUGUUUACAUAUCUGAUAAUGCAAGUGAUUAUCUCGGCCAUUCCGUGGCAGAAAUUAUGUGCCAAGGUGAUUCUAUCUAUGAUUUAAUUGAUUAUCAAGAUCAUGAACGAUUACAAAAAGGAUUAAUGACAGGCCCAUCAUCUGCUUCCAAUAUGCAAAUAUUUCCGGAUGAAAGAAUGUUUAUUUGCCGUAUGAAUUUAUCACGCACGGCAAAAAGGCAACUCCAAUAUCACAAGCAUAUUCUAAUGAAAGGUCGUUAUGUACACGCUAGUGAAUAUUAUCAAACAUAUCAAACCUUAUCUACAGCUUCACUUCAAAUUCAGCCAUUAUUUGCUGCAUUCUGUGAAAUGCUUAUCAAUCCAGAAAAUGCAGAAAUGUUAUCCAUCGGGAAUACAGCUGUUUUCUCUACUGUCCAUUCAAUGGAUUUAACUUUUUUACACAUCGAUUGCAUGAUGCUAUAUUAUUUGGGUUAUAACAGUCAAGCUCUAAUCAAUAAAUCAUGGUACCAACUACUACAUCCUGAUCAUCUUCUUGAGGUGGCUUAUAAACAUCGCAUGUUGAUUCAACGAAAAGACGGUUCUGUAAUGUGCUUACUACGUUUACAAGCAGCUAAUGGUUCAUGGCUUUGGUUACAUACCGUUUUUACAAUCAAAGAUAAUGUCCGAUACCAAAUACAAGACGAGAAACGGCUAAGAUUCCUCAUCCAUAUUACUUAUCAAGUUCUAAGCGAAAUGGAGGCGAUAUUUCUGCGUGAUAGUUCAUGGAUUUAUGAUAAUCGUAAUGAUUUCACAAUAUCACUUACUGAUCACGAGACGUCAGUAGAUAAUUUUAGAAACAAUAAUGAUAAAAUAAAAAACGAAUUUUUAUAUCCAGAAUCAACACCACCUAUACUUACAUCACCCCUGAAUAUCAAAAGUGAACCGCUAUCAAGCGAUCACAUAGAAAUAGAUCACUUCGUAUGUUCAUUUUCGUCAGUGAUGUCAGCUAAAAAUUGCAAAGGUCUUCAAAACAGUAAGCCAAAAAGCCGUACCGACUUCAGCUUUGGUAACAAUGCUGAAGACAAUGAAUUGGAUGCCUUGCCAGAACUAUGUUUGGAGCGAAAUAUCCGAGGACCACUUCCUGAUUUAAGCGGUGAUUUAGAUGAAUUCUUCCACGAAAUGGAACAUCCCCGGAUGACAACAGCUUGCCCAUUAGCAGCUAUAAAACUACCAGAAAAUGUUAAACUUAUUACUGACAAGACAUUGUCCCCUUUACCAUUUGACAAUUUUAUACCUGCGUACAACCGAAAAAUGCCAACCAUCACAAAACUUCUUCAAAGGCCCAUUGAGAACAACAGUUUUGAAAGUUUCAUAAAAAGUCGAUAA